AUGUUUACCAAAUUUCUCAAGUAUCUAUCUAUCUUUGUUUUAUUAUUGAGUAUAUCCGUUUCGAUCUACUAUCAAUCGACAAAUACUACCUAUUUAAAAAUUCGUUUUUUUCAUCAACUAUUUACCUGGAAAUAUCAGUUUCUACCAUCGAAUGAUACACGAAAUUUGUCCCAUGAAUAUAAAGCAUUUGAAACACUAUUAAGGAGGAGAACCAUUGCUGACUUCAAUGAAACACAUGAUCCACUUGUUGCCAUUCAAGAAAUUAGAAAAAUAUUUAAUUUAAAAGAAGUUAUUCCAAAAUCGUCGAAAUGUCGUGUGACAAAACAACAAUAUUCAUCUAAUAAUCAUGUGAUUGAUGGUUAUUGGGUAAAUUGGGAUGGACGAGAAAGAGAAAUAAUCAACUCAGAAAAUAUUAUUCUCUAUUUUCAUGGUGGUGCCUAUAUGAGUGGUGAUAUUGAUUCAUACAGUGGAUGGGAAUGUCACUUAUCUCAAGUAUUCAACUGCUCUGUCCUACAUCUCGAAUAUCGACUUGUGCCAGAAUUUCCUUUACCAGCAGCUGUUGAUGAUUCAGUAGCGCUGUAUGAAGCUCUUCUCAAACAAGAUUCUAGUAUACAUAAACGAAUCAUCGGAAUGGGUGAUUCCGCUGGUGGAGGUUUGUGGCUACUUACUCUACAAGCAUUAGUUAAUAAAGCAAUUCCUGUUCCUCGAGGAGUCAUAGCCAUAUCACCUUGGACUGAUUUAACUUUUAGUGGUCCAAGUUAUACAAAAAAUAAAGAUUUAGACGCAAUGUUAAAAUAUGAUCGACUAUCGUGGAGUAUUGAGCAAGUACUUGGUGGAAAAAAAUUGAUUGAAGCAUCGAAACUCCAAGCUAACAAUCCAAUAUUUAGUCCGUUAUUUGGUUCAUUCGACGGAUUUCCACCCAUUUAUUUGACAGUAGGUACAGGAGAAUUGUUAGAAAGUGAUUCGAUAAUGGUUCACGAGAAGGCGAAAGAAGCUCAAGUAGAUGCGACGUUGGAAGUAGGUGAACAUUUAGCGCACGUUUAUCCAAUCUUUUAUUUGUAUUUUCCAGAAGCAAGACAAACAAUAGAGAACAUUCGUCAAUGGGUAAUGAACAAAGUCUAA